AUGAGUUCUAGCCAGCCUGAACCUGGUGCCUGGGAACCCCAAAGUCCCCGCCCACAGCCCCUGUCCCAGAGUUCUUCCAGCUUGCUGUGUGAAGGCCGUGAGCAGAGACCGGAGCUGCGCAAGAGCGCCAGCAGCACUGUAUGGCAGGCGCAGCCGGGAGAGGCCAGCACGAGUCCCCGGACUCCGGAGGAAGAGGGGUGCCAGACGGAGAGCGUGGAACAAGCACAGGCUCCGAGCCCUUGGUCACAGGGUGGUGCUGGAGGCCACUGGAGAAGCAGGACUGUCGGUAACGUGUCUACCAUGGGCAUCAGCGACCUGUGUCGCCUGCGGGCCCCCAGCAUGGCAGCUGUGCAGAGGAGCCACUCAGACUUGGUCCACAGCACCCAGACCCGGGGUCGUGGCGGUGCUCAGAAGGCCAGUCUCAGUUGUUCUGCCCUUGGCAGCUCACCUGUCCAGAGGGCUCAGCUGCAGCCUGGGAGUGUUGCUGGCCCAGAUGGCCAGACUCCUGCAGUCCUGCAGAGUGACCUGACCCCGGAGGAUGUGGCUUCUAAAUCAGCCCUCGUGUUGGGGGAGAGUCAGGUGUUGGUGCCAACUGUAGAACUGGAAGGCACAACUGGUCUCAUCAGCAGUCCCCAGGGUGGACCCAAAGCGACUGGACAGUCAUCUACCACUUCCUGCCAGGCUCUGCCCCCAGCUGCUCUGCUCUGCAGGAUGAGAGAGGCUACAUCUGGCGGCUGCUGCCAUGCUCUGCCCGCUACCGGCAUCUUGGCCUUUCCCAAAUUGGUAGCAUCCGUGAGUGAGUCUGGGCUGCAGGCUCAGUGUGGGAUGAAAUUCCACUGUAAGUUGCCUGGGGGGGUUUCUGGGCACCCUCACUGCUGUGUCCACCCUUGGGGGCCUACAGGGCUAGCCACAGAAUCUGGUUCCAGGACCAAAGAUGUGUGGACCAUGACCUCAGCCACUGACUUGGCCUUGAGUGUGGCCUCAGCCCAGGAUGCUGGGGUUCAGGUAGCUCCAGUGGCAGCCUGCAAGGCUGUGGCAACCAGCCCGUCCCUGGAAGCACCUGAGACUCUGAACAUGUUUCCAGAGGUAAUGCUGGGGUCCAGCCUGGAAGAAGCAUCAUCGCCCGUGAGGGACGUGCGAUGGGAUGCUGAGGGCAUGACAUGGGAGGUGUAUGGGGCCUCAGUGGACCCUGAGGUGCUUGGCAUUGCCAUCCAGAAGCACCUGGAGAUGCAGUUUGAGCAGCUGCAGCAGGCACCAGCCAGCGAGGACAGUCUAUCUACAGAGGGCCGCCGGGGCCCCCUGCGGGCCGUCAUGCAGUCGCUGAGGCGCCCCAGCUGCUGUGGCUGCUCAGGAGCUGCUCCAGAAUGAGGAACUGUGACCCCGAAGCAGGCCUGGACUCUAGACUUGAUCCCAGACCAGUGACAGGCACAGCGAAGACUCGGUGUCACCAGAACCCACCCUCUCACUUGCACACCAGCCUUGGGCUUGCGGUUCCAUGCAGCUGGGCUGUCUUUUAAGGGCUUGAUUCCCAAGAGCCACCUCUCCAUGCUGGCCUCUGGACUUGGGACAGGGAUUUUGCAUUGCACAUCAGUGAAAUCCCGGUUUCUUUCCUGUAAAAGUACUUAACCUUUUGUUUAGUCCAUCCGCAGAACUUGCUGUUACUCCCCCAGGAGUCUCGGUGGUUUUAUUUUUAAUAGCAUUGCUAGGAAAUAAUGAAUUUUUACAUUA